AUAUUAUUCAUUAGAUAAAUUUUGAAAAAUAUUAAUAUUCGCUCAAUAACAUUUAUUUAUGAUAGAAACCUCGUAAUUUUGUUGUAAAGUUCACAAUGCACAAAUGGCUGUCGUCGGGCAGCCUUCGUAUAGAGCAUGAACCACCACCUUCCUCUGAUGAAGAACCUCUCAACCCGCGCCCCGGAGAGCCUCUAACGCUGUCCCUUCGUCAAGCUCCUGCCAAAUCAUCCAGCGGUGUCGCCGCGUCUGGGCAGGACCUGCCAUCAGGCCCCCAGCAGGAUGAACUUUCCUGCAGGGGCGCCGUCGGUGGCAAGACACACACGGACAGGGCAGGAGAUGAGGAGGUUCAGGAGCCGCUGCUGCAGCCCAGCGUCGGCAGGCCAGCGCCGCCGAACAACAAGGAGCUCGCUGACAAGUAUAAGGCGGCGCGAGACUUGAGCACCAUUGAAAUCGACCACGUGGAGCCGCGGUGCUGCGACGCUAAGUACGGCGACGCUCUCAAGAACCUCCUGCCAUGGCGACCUCCUCCUAAAGACCCGUCUUACCUGCCUGGACAUGACGCUGGCCUGCUGAGCUGCAUGAGUCUGUCGUGGCUCUCGCCUCUCAUGUACAAGACACGACGCGGCCUCUCCCCUGACGACAUGUGGAGGAUACAGGUAAUGAGCAGACAUGGGGUGAGCAUCGUGUUCCUGCUCACGAGCCACGUGAUGCGCAUGACGCUGGACUACGUGAACAGUCCAGCACGUGACCACGCGACCGCGUGGCUCAUCGUCGGGCUCGUCGUGGUACUGAACCUGGUCAGGGCGCUGUCCUUCAACGCCAUGUUCAUCGUCGCCUGCCACACGGCGACGCGGCUGGCGGGGGCGCUGCAGGGGGCGGUGCUGCAGAAGGCGCUGCGUCUGCAGGCUGGAGGCGAGGAGCUUGCGGCGCAGGUGGCCAACAUCAUCAACACGGACAUGGAGCGCGUCAUGGAGGCCGUCAUCGCUGCUGUCUUCUUGCCAGGUCUGCCACUUACGACGUCUGUGUACCGCAGGUCUGCCACUUACGACGUCUGUGUACCGCAGGUCUGCCACUUACGACGUCUGUGUACCGCAGGUCUGCCACUUACGACGUCUGUGUACCGCAGGUCUGCCACUUACGACGUCUGUGUACCGCAGGUCUGCCACUUACGACGUCUGUGUACCGCAGGUCUGCCACUUACGACGUCUGUGUACCGCAGGUCUGCCACUUACGACGUCUGUGUACCGCAGGUCUGCCACUUACGACGUCUGUGUACCGCAGGUCUGCCACUUACGACGUCUGUGUACCGCAGGUCUGCCACUUACGACGUCUGUGUACCGCAGGUCUGCCACUUACGACGUCUGUGUACCGCAGGUCUGCCACUUACGACGUCUGUGUACCGCAGGUCUGCCACUUACGACGUCUGUGUACCGCAGGUCUGCCACUUACGACGUCUGUGUACCGCAGGUCUGCCACUUACGACGUCUGUGUACCGCAGGUCUGCCACUUACGACGUCUGUGUACCGCAGGUCUGCCACUUACGACGUCUGUGUACCGCAGGUCUGCCACUAACGACGUCUGUGUACCGCAGGUCUGCCACUUACGACGUCCGUGUACCGCAGGUCUGCCACUUACGACGUCUGUGUACCGCAGGUCUGCCACUUACGACGGUCGCGGCGCUGGCCUACAGCUGGUACAUCGUAGACGCCUGGUGCCUCUUGGGCUUCCUCGCCAUCCUCCUCUUUGUGCCCGUAGUCAAACACGUGACUGUGCGUAUUGGGACGCUGCGCGCCCAGGUGACCCGCGUGAGUGACAGUCGAGUGAGUCUCAUGAGUGAAAUACUCACCAACAUCCGUCUCAUCAAGAUGUACUCAUGGGAAGACUCAUUCGCCGCCAGCAUCGAGGCCCUGCGUUCACAGGAGGUCAAGCAGGUGCGGGCCAUUGGCCUCCUGCAGUCACUGAACCUGACCAUCAGCCCCGUCAUGUCCUCCGUCGCUCUGCUGGCCAUCAUGGCGGCCAUCACACUAUACGGAUCUGCCAUCACCGCCAGCACGGCGUUCACGCUCGCGUCCGUGCUGAACUGCUUCCAGUUCAGCCUGGGCACCGUGCCCUUCAUGCUGCGCAACAUUGCGGAGGCCAGCGUGUCUCUGCAGCGCAUUCAGAGGAUCCUGACUCGGCGGGAGCAAAAGAGCCACGGCGUGUCAGUGCUGCGCAGCGACCUCGCCCUGUGCCUGCACCACGCCUCCUUCGAGUGGAGUAGCCAGGACGCCGACCAGGACAUGGAGCCUCCCCAGGGGGGCAAGGGCAAGAAUUCCCGCGAUCCUGAGUCUGGGAAACAAAAAAUGAAAUCUGGAAAGAAAGACAAGAAUUCCAGCAAAGAUAAAGCGGUAGUCGCCGAGCUUCAUAACGAAAAUAAGAAGCACAGUGAGAAGAGCGGGAAGUCUGGAAACAGAGACCUCUCUAAAGGUGGCAGCAAAAAGGAGAAAGGAAAUUACUCGGGGAACAAAAUUAUCAAAGACCAAGAAAUACUUCCUGGCAAAGAGACGAGAGUGGAGGACUGCGUCAUUGACAUGACUGUGCAAGGAGAUAUUCAGAACGGCGGCAGCUGUAGAGAGCUGCCGCAUUUGCGGGGCGUGAGUUUGUCGAUCCAGACGGGGCGGCUGGUGGGCGUCUGUGGCAGCGUUGGCUCCGGCAAGACGUCUCUCCUGGCGGCCAUUUGUGGCGAUAUGUCGCUAGUGUCGGGGGAGGUGCAGGUGAACGGCAGAGUGGCGCUGGUGUCGCAGCAAGCAUGGAUCUACAACACCACCCUGAGGGAGAACCUUCUCAUGGGAUGCCCCUACAACAAAUCUAAAUACGACGCCAUGAUUGAAGCCUGCGCCCUCAGCACAGACCUGCGCAUGCUGGCUGAUGGCGACAACACCGAGAUCGGCGAGAAGGGCAUCAACUUGAGCGGCGGGCAGAAGCAGCGGGUGUCCCUAGGACGCGCCGUGUACAGCGACCGCGACAUCUACCUCCUGGACGACCCCCUGAGCGCCGUGGACACCCGCGUCGCGCAGCACCUCUUCAGGAGCUGCGUCAGGGGCGCCCUCAGGAGCAAGACCGUCGUGCUCGUCACGCACGCCCUGCACGAGAGCGACGUGGCACCUGAUGGCAACGACCCCAAAGGCGCUCCAUCAGACGCCGACGCCUCGUCCCCCAGCAAAGACGGCGGCGGUGGCGGUGGCGGCGGCGGCGGCGGUGGGGUUGGCAAGCUCAUCGAGACCGAGGGGCGCGAGACCGGCAGCGUGUCUCGGCUUGUGUACAGGCGCUACGUGCAGGCGAGCGGUGGGGCGUGGGCGGUGCUGCUGGUGCUGGUGGGGCUGGUGCUGCACACGGCCGUGCGUGUGGCGGCGAUGCUGUGGCAGCAGCGCUGGCUAGACGCCGGUGACGGCCUCAUGGCUGAACGUGUGGCCAACAUGUCUUAUUGCCGUGGUGACGGCCUCAUGGCUGAACGUGUGGCCAACAUGUCUUAUUGCCGUGUAGGGNUGUGUUGCAUCAUCAACAUCUUUGCGCUGACACGAGGCAGCCGUCGCCUGCACAACGCGAUGUUCCGCAGCGUCCUGCGCGCCCCCACGGCCUUCUUUGACGUGACGCCCGCGAGCCGCGUCAUCACGCGCUUCAGCAAAGACAUCGACGAGAUGGAUUACCGCAUCCCGACGUUCUUCGACCUGCUGCUGCAGUCCAUAUUCUUCAUGACCGCGAGCUCGCUGCUCGUCUGCUUCUUCUUCCCAUACUUCACCAUCGUCCUCGUCCUCGUCGGCGGUUUGUUCCUGUGGCUGGGGCAGAUGCUGGACCGCGGCGUGAAGGAGUUCAAGAGGCUGGAGAGCACACAGAAAAGUCCCGUGGUGCAGUGUGCUGUGUCGUGCAUCUCGGGGCUGCAGGUCAUUCGCGCCUACGGACAGGAAGAGAUGUUCUCGAACAGCUUCUACAAGCUGCUGGACGAACACACGGUGGUGAUGCUGCUGUUCCGGCUCUCGAACCGCUGGUUCACCUUCAGGAUGGACCUGCUGGCGACGGUGAUCAUAAGUGCCAUCACCGCUCUGUGCGUCUUCACCAAGGGCUCCUUCUCCACCGCCAUCGCUGGCUUGGCACUCAUCAGCGUCAACGGCAUGUGCCAGUUUCUGCCGUUCCUCAUGCGCAUCAAGUCUGAGUUCGAGUCGCGCAUGACGUCCGUGGAGCGCGUCGUCGAGUACGCAUACGACGUGACGCCAGAAGCUCCUCGUCACGUAGAGGGCGUGAUACCUGCUGGCUGUAACUGGCCCAGCGUAGGGGCGGUGACGAUGCGUGACGUGUGCCUGCGUUACCGUCCCAACCUGCCGCUGGUGUUACGUCACGUCACCGCCGACGUGCGACCGGGGGAGAAGAUCGGCAUAGUCGGCCGUACGGGCGCUGGCAAGAGCUCCCUGAUCGCGGCGCUGCUGCGCCUCGUGGAGGUGGACGGCGGACGCAUCGAGAUCGACGGCGUCGACAUCAGGCGCCUGGGCCUACACACGCUGCGCACCGCCGUCGCCAUCAUCCCCCAGGACCCCGUGCUCUUCCAGGGCACCGUCAGAUACAACCUAGACCCGUUCAGUGAGCACUCAGACGAGAAGAUCGCUGAUGCAGCUCAGAGGUCGCAGCUUCAGAGCGUGAUCGAGCGCCUGAACCUCGGCCUGAGCGCCCCGGUCGAGGCGGGAGGGUCGAACUUCUCUGUGGGGGAACGACAGCUCAUCUGCCUCACCAGAGCAGUCCUCAGGAACUCGAAGGUGUUACUGUUAGACGAAGCUACGGCGUCCGUAGACCCUGAAACAGACCAGCUGAUACAAGCGGCGCUGCAGACCGCCUUCAGGGACGCCACUCUCUUCACCGUCGCCCACAGACUCAACACCGUCGCCCACUACGACAGGAUCAUGGUCAUGGAGGCCGGACAGUUGCGCGAGUUCGAUUCGCCGGAAAAUUUGCUGCAGACGCCCGGCUCGCUCUUCGCGAAGAUGCUGGAACCCAUCGGCGUAAAGACUGUCCAACAGCUGCGUAACUUGGCGUAAUUUGGGCGUCACGACCGUCCAACAGCUGCGUAACCUGGCGUAACUUGGACGUCACGACCGUCCAACAGCUGCGUAACUUGGCGUAACUUGGACGUCACGACCGUCCUACAGCUGCGUAACUUGGCGUAACUUGGACGUCACGACCGUCCUACAGCUGCGUAACUUGGGCGUCACGACCGUCCAACAGCUGCGUAAUUACUGGAGUGAUGCCAAGUUACUUAAUGGUUGUGAGCUCGAAAAAAGCGCACCCAUUUCCUGGUCUGUCGUGAAAUUUUUCUGAUAUCUUCAUAUGCUCUUAGAUUUAUUCGCCUCAGUGCCAAUGUACAAUUCCAUGAAUGAUUCUGCUUAAACAUUUAACAUUUACUUGAACUGCCUUAUUCGUAUGAGCAGCUUAAUGUUGUGCAUGACUCUAGGCGAGGCCAAUCAAUUAUGUAGUAACUAUAGCUAUGUUAUAUCCGAGCGCUGGUCGGUUAGGGCAGCGUUGUUACAGACAGUGGAUUUUCUGUCGCGCUAAACGCUAAAAUUGUGCAAAUCCUGGCAACGAAGAUAGAACGUUUUGGUUGAACAAUUCUCACUUUGCAAUUUACUAUAUAUUUCUGAUUGGAAAUUUGGGUGAUAACCCAUGCUUGUUCGUUGCCUUUGAUUUAUUUCUCCUGUUGUUUAGAAUGCAAUUGACGCCGACGACAUCACGUGAAAAACAGCUUAAAUAUGCACGCAAUGUUCUUGUUUAUUCUUGAGUAACUGAACCGCCGUCCGAGUUGCUCACGGCUCGCUCAACCCUGAAACACAUACGAAUUCACUUACGAUUCCUCGUUUAUGUUCUUCUUUGUUUUGUGUUAUCGACUCGAAUUUAAGUUUGUUUUUUUUUAUUACUAUGGUGUCAAGUUUUAAUCUUGAUUCUCUGUUACUUAAUGUAAUCGUUUGAUAAAAACACUGAAUCUAGGAAUGCACUGUUAUAAAAUCUUUAGCGUUAUCUAGGCAACUAUUGUAUUAUCUAGGCAACCACUAUUCAACCACUUUAUCUAGGCAACCAUUAUUUUCAGCAACUAGCAUGCAGCUUGUAAUCGUAGCCUAAAUAUUCCACUAAAAUUAUCGAUUUGCAUAUUUUAUUACUAAAAUAUAUGUUCGAUUGAAUUUGUUAACGCUGUACAUCCGGAAGAGGGUAAACUUUUUCGAGUUCCAAAGACUUUUGUUAGAUUUAUUUUGUAUAAAGAGCAAUGAGUGGCAGCUGCCACCGUGUUGCCAUGAGCGGCAGCUGGCCACCGUGUUGCUAUGAGCGGCAGCUGCUACCGUGUUGCCAUGAGUGGCAGCUGGCCACCGUGUUGCCAUGAGUAACAUCGCCAGACCCACGACGUCGUGGAUCAAGAAUCUCGGAAAUAGUAAUGCGAAUCUCACAUAAUUAGAUGAAAAAAAUCUAUAAUGAGAUUUAAUAAUGUCUUAAAUAUUAACCUAGAAUCUUAACAAAGUCGAAUGUUAACCAAUUCAGAAAUUUAAUAAUGUUAGUCAAUUAUUGCAAUAACGAAUCUCAAUAUU